AUGGAUUUUGACGAAGGGCUUAAUAUAACGAAAGAAGCCACACAAAAACUAUUGGACAAGUUGGUCUACAGCAAGUAAGUAUAGGUCAAUGUUACGUAUCGAUAAAUUGUAAUUUUUCCUUUUCAUGUUUAACAACCAUCAUUCAGGGCGAAGAGACAUUAUUCUCCCCUCUGAAGGAUUGCUUAAAAAUUGGCUCCGAAGCAAAUGAACUGUGUAGUAAGCCACCAGUUUCAACGUGAGAUUAUCAAUAAACCACCUGUUGCGUACUUAAAACACAUUAAAUAAAUUCAACCAAGGUGUCUUAGUACUCGUUUUUUCUUUCAGAUGUAACUGCAGCAGACACUUUUUAUCGUCAUUUGCGGCUCUUGUUUCACCCGCGGGCUGCUCUGGAAGCCUAUACAAAUCUUUGACCGGACAAUACUACUACUCCCCGGCGAUACAAUUUACUUUAGGCUAAGUUGCUUCUUUUAACUUUACCCUCAAGAAAGCGACUUUUUCGACUAAACUAUGAUACGUGUCUCCCUUGUUCAACGACUAAUAUUCGCAUAUCUACUAUAAUAAUAUAGUUAGCUAUGUUCAAAUUUCUUUAUUGCAUGGGGUAUUGCAUUUUAAUAUUCCUACGUCGCGGUGUAUGACUUACCUUUUCUUCGUACCCCUAUAAUAACCAAUUCCAUAAAUGAUAGGUCUACCCCCUGAAGAAUAUUGGUCUAUCCUUGAAGAUAGGGGGGAUAUCAAAUGCAAUACAAUAACCCAUUAAGAUCCUUUCACCUACUCUUUGCCCUGACUUUAUUCGUUUUAAUUAGACAUCCCGCCGCGGUUACCAUAAUAGAGAUCCUAGCAGUUGUUGGUGUUGUCAUAUGGGCUGCAGGAUAUCGCCUUAUUAGGGUAAGAAUCCAGUCAUUCAAAUAUUUUACGCUGCACUUAAAACAGCAAUUCUCAUUGAAUAAUUCAAUUUCCAAUUUCCUCAACUCUGUAAAAAGAAGGAGGAUCGCGGCCUUGUUCCCAGGCGUACUCGGUGAGAUUGGAGUAACAUCACCAGUCAAGCUUUUCGGGAGAACUCGCCAAUAUAUAUGGCGUAGGGAUAAAACUGGUUGAAUAAGGACGAAUACUGCAAAAUCAGGGACAAACGAGCGCGAACUGCCUUUCCAAAAAAGUUUAUCAUCAAAGAAAGGCAUUUUAGAGAUGAUUUAGUAUUAAAAGAACUAACUGAUAAGCAGUGUUUCCUCAUAUAGUAUUUUCUAUAAAGUUUCUACUAAAGCCCAUCACUGCCGCGUAGUGCAUGAUAUUUAGGAAUUAUCUGAUCUGGCUGAAUAACAGGACGAAUUUUCUUUACGACUCGACUGGUCUAACCAGCCACUUCUGAAAAAUGCUAAGCACCUCGAAAUUACAUUUACAUAUUUUUAACUUUAAACCUAUCUUUUAUUUUCAGCCAUGCAUGUUCCUCGCGGGUUUCGCCCUUGGUUUUCUCAUAUUUUACGUAUUUAGUCCAUUGGUUUUUAAGACGCAGAUUUGCUGUGGACCACAUGGGAAGGCGAUAGGUCAGUAUUGUUGAAUGGAAGUUUUCUACUUCCUCCCUUGACUUUUGUAGUCAUGAAUUUUAUGGAAGCCAUUGUGGAAAAAUGCCAGUUAACAUCAAUCCCUUUUUGAGAAUUUUUGACCAAGAGAGCUUUUCACUCACGUGAGGUGCAAAUUUAUUGCAACAAAGGAAAGUUUGUACAUAAAAAAGGUUUAACGUCCAUAGGACUGGUUUUGGGCACCAACAUGGCCGCCGUUUCAUUGUUUGGAAAACCAAUAUGGCGAACGUGACGUCAUGUGAAGAUUGCACGAUUCAUGUCUUGCUGCAACAACGGCUCCCAGUUUUUGAAUCAAUCAUUGAUGUAAUUUUUCUUUCACAGCUCAUAUUUUGUUCAGUGCGUUAGCAGGCGUGUUUGGUGGGUUUUUAGGAUGUCGGUUGUACAGACUUGGUGUUUUCACAAUAGGAGAGUGCUUGGGACUGGUAAGUGAAAGUCAAUCACCACAGAAGGAGUUAAUUCGUCAUUUUUAUACCACAAUUAUCCAGAUCAUACCUGGAAUCUGUCACUUAAGCAUAAACUCAUAUUAUAUGUAGCAUGUUAUUUACUAUAAACCCCUAUUCGUUUGUAUCGAAGCCACUCCCUAAAAAGCCAAACACAGGCAAAUUAGGCCACUACCACCUCCCGCUUUUGUCUGAAACUUUGUUACAAUUAUAAGUAAAAAAUCUGUCUCUAAAGGUCUUAAAGUUUGGACACAGAAGAGAGGUCUUAGUAUCUGUAAUAGCUGGCAAGACUCGUAGAGCCCGGGUCUAUCUAAAUUUUCUGGAUCCGCCCCUGUCCGGGUACUGAAAUCUAGGGUUACAUUAUGUGAAGUUAGUUGAUAUUUUAACGGGGAUUUUCAGCGUUAACGAAAAAUUUUGUUUUCACUUUGCAUUUUAGAUUGUUGGACUGGCAAUACUUAGCAGCCCUCUUUACGAGUAUUUUCACAGGUACUUACAGGAAGAGUAAGAUGGCACAGUAAAUUAAAAAUCAGCAUCCGAUAAUCUUUUCAUUCGAAUCUUAUUAACUGACUUAUUAGUUCGCUCUUUACGAUUGCAAUCACAAACUGGCCACAGCUCGGCUUAGCAGGGUUACAUCAGUCAUGUUGGAAGUGGUUGUUAAGUACAUUUUGGGGUCACUUCCUACCUCUAAUACGCUCUUCUCACUUAUGGUAAUAUGCCCGUCUAACCUCGUUUACGGGUAAAAAUUCUUUUGAAAUUCAAAUACGAAAACGUCGUCUGAUUAGCAUUUCAAAGGACGUUUUACUCAAAAACGAGGUUAGACGGGCAUAUUACCAUACGUGAGAAGAGCGUAUUGGUAGCAGUGAAUAGGUCCAGAUAACAUCUUUAAUAGAGAACAAAUAAGAAACGACCUGCCUGUCGAAGAAAAUUUAAUCCGCGCGCCACUCCCCUUCAACGCAGGAGACUUAAACUCACCUACCCCGUUUCCCCCAGAGUAGUAGAGUCAUAAGUGAAAAAAGACAGUUUAACUGAAGUAUGCGCAUUUCUUCUCCCAACAGUAAUAUUGCAUACGCCGGACUUAUGGCAGCAACCUCUCUCAUGUUCGGAUCACUGGCUCAUUUCUAUGAGAAACCAGUUGUUGUUAUAGCAACAUCAUGUGCUGGAACAUUAGCCGUGUUAUACGGUAAGCGUGUAGUCUGAGUACCAGGCCUUCCUUAUGGGUUAGGGGAGAGGCGAUUUUAGAGGCAGGGGGAGGGGAAGGGGAGGAACCCUCUCUCCCCCCUGGCCUUUUCCCCCAGCAACGCCCUAUACUCUGGCUGUAAGCAUGAUUUAACUUGGACAGUUCAUGAGUUACAGCUUAGAACGUAUCAGCGCAUACUGAACUUGGCUUUGUCUGCUUUUUUUCCUCAGGGGUUGAUUAUUUCUUACGGACAAGUUUUUCCGUCACAAUAGAAAGUUUCCUUUUGCGAAUCAAGGACGUUGUUUGGGAUGGGUUAAAGUCAGAAUUGUCAAAUUGGACUUACAGAGCUAAAGCGCCUGCACAUCUGGCCGUUCAUUUUACACCCAACUGUAAGUACAAACUGAAAGUGAAAUGAUACAACAAUUUGUACUAAAAGCAACCUCCCAUGUGAUUGACUGGAAUGUAUUUAUAGUACAGGUUUCGAUCUGGUUACCAUCGCCACGCAAUGAGAAAGAAACUGGGCCUAGUUAACUUCCGCACAGACGUCUGGGACUGUUACUAACGGGCAGGGAAAAAAUGGCCAAUAGUGGACCGGCGCGUACCUGGCAGAGAUCCCAGAAACAACUGCGCGACGCAUUUCUGCUCCAGUUCCCUUCUCGACUCUAAAAUGGCGAAUUCAACGCCAUUAAAUGUUUUAGAUCCUUUCAUUUCUGACGAUCAAAAUUGGCAGCGUAUUUGAACGCAUUUCGUCUUUCAAUGGUUCAUUUGACUAUUUGAGCGAUGAGUUCUCCUUUUUUCUCCUUUAGCGAUCCCAAUGUUUGUUUGCUGGGGUGUUAGUACGGCUAUAGGAGUCGUCAUCCAGUACAAAAUAACAGCUAACAACUUGAACAGUGGAUCCAGUCUUCUUCAAUUCUGUAACUGCUGCGACAGACCAAAACCGGACAGAUGA